GCAACAUAACAUAUAUGUACUGGAUAUAGUACUAGACAUAGUACAGGAGGGCACGCACCUGCAAUCACCGUCAUUCACAAUUGACACAGCCAUUUAUCUUCCGGACCCCAUCUACUAUUUCUCUUACUAUUUACUACCUUUCACUUACCUUACACUUUACCUAUCUCACACUUACCUACAAUCUAGGUACUUAUUUACGUACUGCACUGCACUGCACUACACUGCAUUGCAUUGUACUCUUACAGUGGGCAUAUUGCUUUUGCUUAACCUAACACCCCCCUCGAAUAUUAUCAUAUUAUUGUAUCAUCGACAGACAACCUCCCACUCCCCAUUCCUACUCCCACCUUCACCUUAUCAAUCUACGAAUCCACACAGUCCGCUUCAAACAUCGAAUCCACCCACCCAACUCUCUGCUUACAUCCUGCAUAUCCUACUUUCAAUAACGAAUUAACGAUCACCCGUUUCGGAGUCAUUUAUUGCUCAGCCUACGCUCCGGCAAAGAUUUAAAUUCAGACUUACUUCAAGUCACUUAUAUGUUGUAUUCUCAACAUCAACAGUCCAUGAAAAUCUGCCCUGAUGGCUGAUCAAUGUAUUGUUUGUCUAGAAAAUCUAGACGUUCAAUCGUCGCCACCACUGUCGCAAUUGCCGAUACCUUUAGACGCCGACGGGGUGUCGAGUAACUCCUCCCCCAUAACAACGUCUAAAGUUACAAGUGCGCUGGCACGAUUAUCAUCAAAGUCCCCACUUGGCAGCACCUCCUCUAGUACCGCCCACCACAAUGACGAAGGGCAUAGGAUUGCUGUCAUUCACGUUUGCGGCCAUACUUUGCAUGAUGCUUGUUUACGAGAAUGGACUGGAAAGGCAAACAGCUGUCCCAUUUGCCGCCAAGCCUUCCACUUGGUGCAUGUUUACGAUAAAGUCGGAGGCAACCAACUAUCCUCGUAUAAGGUAGAAGAUAAGAAACAAGUCGUCGAGUUCGAUCCCCAAGCGUGGUUGGACGACAAUCCCGAGAUAGAGGAAGCGAGACCAUGUCCCAUCUGCGACCGAGCCGACCAUGAAAAUGUCCUUCUACUUUGUGACGGCUGCGAUGCGCCCUAUCAUACAUAUUGCGUAGGUCUCGACGAUGUGCCUCGGGGGCAUUGGUUCUGUUUGGAAUGCGCAGAUACCGGCGCACACGUCGCGGCCACUGAGCUACAGGAUGCGGAUCUCGCAGGAGCCAGCUUUCCUGCCGGUAAUUCCAGCUAUUUGCCACGGACUCAGGCUAGCAUGCGACGGACUAGGCAACAAGUCCGUUCGAACGAAUGGCAGGGAGCAUGGGGUCAAAUCGCAGGCCGGGUUUGGGAUGUGCUAGACCUUGAUCUGGAUAACCAUGAUGACGAUGAAGCUCUGAGUACUUUCCGGCGAUCUCAACAGCGUCUUGCAAGAGAGCAACGUGACUAUCAGGAAUGGCAGCAGCGUCUCCGUAUAGCUAGCCACGUUGGAGCUCGCGAUGUGUUCGUCAAUAAUAUUUCGAAUGUGGUACCUGUGCAACGACCCACACCGCCACCACCAGCUCCUCCACAGGAGACGGUGGAGGAGAAACAGGCCUGGGGUGCGCUAGAAAAAGCCAUGGAGGCCACCAAUCCCCCUAGUUCGAAUCGUCCGACUUCGAGUCACCGAAAACGAAAGUCUCGUUCCAUAACCGCAUCUCCCGUUGAACCACCUCAGCAACCCGAGCGGAAGCUAAAGCGACCUCGGACACGUAGAGCUCCCACGACAGGGGAAGCUUCAACAUCUAGUCGCCCCUCUGUACAAACCAAUCAACUUGGAGCAGAGGGCUCAGGCUCAAAUCCCGCAUCUGCCUUAUUGGAUAAUGACGAGCCUCCCUCUUUCCUUUCCUCACUAUUAAAGGAAGUUGAGAUGAGUACACCUUCAGACGACGAGAAUAUUCGUCCGCUCUUCACAUUCUCCAAACCAAUACCGGACCCGUCAUCGCCGGCUUCGUCCCCGUCUCCGUCGGCCUUCAGCAGUCCUCGGGCCUUAUCAACUACGCCACCGCCACGUGCGAUUAAUGAUCGCCCUGGCUCGCCUGUCCCUCUCAGUUCACAUAUCGAGCCGAUCUACCCACCUAUGAAUUUCUUGGCGAACCGAGGUAAUGGGGAGCAUAGUGAUUCGGAUUCGGGAUCCCGCCGGAGAACACACCAACAGCCGGUCAAUAAAGCGAGCGGUAGCUGCCCGGAAAUUAGGCAGCCCCGGCCUCAACGACAACAAUUAACACCUUCUAAUGGGUAUCUAUCACGGUCACAAGAUACGAGCCCCACACGUGCAGGAUUGCCGUUCCAGAUGAAGGAGAGCAUAAGUGGAAUCGUUAAAGACGCCCUUAAACCUCACUGGAAAUCUGGACAUAUUACGGCGGAUCAGUAUGCUUCUAUUAAUCGCGACCUGAGCCACAAGUUGUAUAAGGAGGUUUCGGAUGAAUCCCUCGACGAGGACGCUCGACAGCGGUUCGAGAAAAUUGCAACCAAGGAGGUAGCAAGAGCAAUCGCGGACCUCAAGGCGUGAUAGGGUUUAAUAGCGAUUUUGUCACGACGAAGAACAAGAAC